UUAACGUUUGUUGACUUUGCGUCAGUUAAGAUCGGUUAACGUUACUAACGUUACACUGGAAGGGGAAAGAGGAUAUGCGAACGUCACGUUCUUGUUUACGGCGGACAGCUUGUGGUCGAGCUGGGUAACGUUACGGUUUGUCAGGGGGUUUUUUUUCUCUCCUUAAUCUAGACAUUUAUUAACUGCUCUAAUCUGACGUUAACUGGGGAGCUAUUUUACGUUAAGAAUCGCGAUUUGUGGUUUCGUGUGUUAUUUCCUCAAGUGGGGCGACAUCGUGACGUUAAACCACGUACCGUAAUAUAAUAUAUUGUUGUGGAUACCCCUAUUUGUGAGAUCAAUAAAGGUGCAAUUGGUGUAAUUUGCACAAGUCCAGUGAAAAGCCGUGCUUCGUUAUUAUUAUAAUCGUCCGAAAAAGCAGUCGGUACUACUCCUGCUUUUUCAAACGAGUAGCUCGGAAUGGUCAUAACAAAGUCUGAAGUCGUGGGAAUCCUUAUCUGUUUUUAUCUUUGUAAACAAAGCAGUUUAAACAGUCCUCCUGUUCUGGCGACCGUAUGCACUGUAUGUAUUAGUCAACCCCAUCACUUCCACUGAAAUACUGGGAGACUCUGGUGAAAUUCUAGUGGUGAAAUUCUAACAUAAUCUGUUGAUUCAGGGUCGACCCUGGAUCACCAGGGCCUCUGCAAACAUUCAGCAGGAGCUCUGGGCGACUAUUACAUUUAACAAUGCAAGGCUUUGCAGACAGUUUUUUUUAAUUGUUGGAUCAUUUGUCAUAUUUGAUUUGGGAUAUAACUACCCAUGUUGAGAUAUGUUAUGACACUGAAACGCUGUUGCAUGUCAGGGAGAGUUGCACGAGAUGACGGAGGUAUCUGGAGUUUUUUUUUGUUUUUGUUUUUUAUCUAGCUUGUUGAUCAUGAUAGUCAUUAUGCUAGUCCCAUGUUGGCUCUCACUGUCAUAAGUGUUAGAUGAUCCGAUAUGAGGUGGUGAGCUGACGUGCAGUUUUCUUUGUUGUGGCGUUGUGUUUCAAGGCGACAGAGUGCCAGAGAAGGUGAGGAAUGUAUUCAAGCGCAGUGUGGUGACAACACUCAGAUAGGCAUCAAGAGCAGUACAGAGAAACUUUCCUUUUGUUUUGAGAAAUCGCUUUCCACUUUGUGUGUUUGCCAACACCUUCCUGGCUGUAGUUGUACUUCCUUUAGGCCACAUUGCACAUGCUUUUUUAUUUUGAGGAAAUUAAUUGCAAACUGUGGUUUUUAAAUAUUUGACAAAGACUAACAGUGUCCUCCUAUUAAGUAUCCAACUGACAUUCUGUUACUUUUAGGAAGUUGUUCUCUCAAAGCCCCCUCUCAUAUGAAUGAAUGUUGAUGGUCUUUUUUGAGCUGUACAUGUUAACGCUACAAUUCACAUUGUUUUGUAUUUUAGACAGUUUGACUCUUAUUAUGUGUUCUGCAGUAACAGUAUUUCUUUCUGUUCCUUCAGGUAUUACAUGAUACAGUUUUUUUUGUUGGUCUGAGCCACUGUCAGUUCGCACAAUAUCCACAAGCCUGUCUGCAGCCCCCUCCCAACCCAGACGGUCUUCUGCCCCAGCAUGAAUGAAGUCAGUGUUGUGAGAGAGGGAUGGCUCCAAAAGAGAGGGGAAUACAUUAAAACAUGGCGGCCUCGCUACUUCAUCUUGAAGAGCGAUGGCUCCUUCAUCGGCUAUAAAGAGAAGCCUGAGGUGUCCAGUGACCACAGCCUCCCACCACUCAACAACUUCUCUGUCGCAGAAUGUCAGCUCAUGAAGACGGAGCGCCCAAGGCCCAACACAUUUGUUAUUCGUUGCCUGCAGUGGACCUCUGUUAUUGAGCGCACCUUCCACGUAGACAGCAACGAGGAGAGGGAGGAAUGGAUGCGAUCGAUCCAGACUGUGGCAAACAGCCUGAAGAGUCAGCAGCACGACGAGGAGCCCAUGGAGAUUAAAUUUGGCUCACCGAGUGACAUCAGCGGCACAGAGGAGAUGGAGAUUGCUGUGUCCAAAUCCCGCACAAAAGUGACCAUGAGUGAUUUUGACUACCUGAAGCUGCUGGGUAAAGGGACAUUUGGUAAAGUGAUCCUGGUGAAGGAGAAGGCCACGGGGAUGUACUACGCCAUGAAAAUCCUCCGCAAAGAAGUCAUCAUUGCUAAAGAUGAGGUGGCGCACACGGUUACAGAAAGCAGAGUUCUCCAAAAUACGCGACAUCCCUUUCUAACGACACUAAAAUAUGCAUUUCAAACGAAUGAUCGGCUGUGCUUUGUGAUGGAGUAUGCAAAUGGUGGAGAACUCUUCUUUCACUUAUCGCGGGACAGAGUGUUCACAGAAGACAGAGCCAGAUUCUAUGGUGCAGAAAUAGUGUCCGCACUGGAGUACCUACACUCACGCAAUGUAGUUUACAGGGAUUUAAAGCUGGAGAACCUCAUGUUAGACAAGGACGGCCACAUAAAGAUAACGGACUUUGGGCUGUGUAAAGAGGGGAUCACAGACGGGGCCACCAUGAAAACCUUCUGUGGAACUCCGGAGUACCUGGCACCAGAGGUGCUAGAAGACAAUGACUACGGCCGAGCGGUGGACUGGUGGGGGCUGGGCGUGGUCAUGUAUGAGAUGAUGUGCGGUCGGUUGCCCUUCUACAACCAGGACCACGAGCGUCUCUUUGAACUGAUUCUCAUGGAGGAGAUCCGCUUCCCCAAGAACCUGGCUCCCGAAGCCAAGGCCCUGCUGGCCGGCCUGCUCAAAAAGGAUCCCAAACAAAGGCUUGGAGGCGGACCAGACGAUGCCAAAGAAGUGAUGAGCCACAAGUUCUUCACCUCCAUCAACUGGCAGGAUGUUCUUGAAAUAAAGCUUAUUCCACCCUUCAAGCCCCAGGUGACAUCGGAGACGGACACGCGUUACUUCGAUGAUGAGUUCACAGCACAAACCAUAACGAUAACUCCCCCUGACAAGUAUGACAGUUUAGAUGCAGAAGAUUCAGAUCAGCGCACGCACUUCCCUCAGUUCUCCUACUCUGCCAGCAUACGGGAAUGAUCACUGAGACUCAUGAACACGCAGGCAGGCUAACACACGAUCACAACCCCACACACACACACACACACACACACACACACUUGCACUGCUGGGCAACGACACAAACAAAAACUGGCACAAGACACAUUUUCAUUCAGUCUUUAACGCACGUACACACACACACACACACACACACGGUCACACACACGCACACACAUAUCCUGGCUAUUCAGACAAGGCAGGGAUCAUUGAGUAUGAGAUGAACACGGGCCGUGAAUGAUUGACUGGCAGCUUUGUGUCUGUGCGUCCUCUCAGGGUUGGCUUCAGGCUUUUCCUGCAGGACCUCUGCUGCACUACACUGGGGUACCACAUCAAAGCCUUGACCCUUUGAAAACCAGGUUAUGCCAGCAAGUACCACCUCUUUACCAGCUGUACCCAUUACACACACAUAUACACCAACCCAUGCAUAGACUGCAUAUAUAUACACGCAAAUGUACUUGAUAGAAUUUUUAAAAGCAUAAUCAAAAUUAGGAAAAUAGAAAAGAUUUGGGGGGGGAGACAAGAUUGUUACAUCGAUUGUUACGGUUUUAAAUGUCAAGCCAUAUUUCUGCAUUUUUAUGUGAUUUCCUUUUUUUUUUUUUUUUUUUUUUUUUAACAAGUGCUCUUUCUGGAACUUGCUGUUACAAAUCAAGUGUGGGACUGUUCCUACAGUAGGGGGAUCUGGGGGAGGGGGAGGGUUGCCAUUUCUGUGUUUGCACUGCACGUGUGUGUGUGUGCGCGCGUGUGUGUGUAAGCGAGUGAAUGUGAGUGAGUGAGUGUGUGUGUGUGUGUGUGUGUGUGUGUGUGUGUGUGCGCAUAUGAGUGCAGGAGAGGAUGUAUGAACAACCAUUUUGAUUCUCAACCAUCCAUUUGUGUCGUUUUUUUCAUACAUGUUUGUAAAAUCUGAACUAUUGCUGGAAUAUCGACGAGAGGACACUACACAACACACUCAAUGGCCUUUUUUUAAAGGGAACGAGGAUGUAAUUUAUGAUUGCCGUGACCAGUUGGCGCUAAAGACUCAGUCAGGAAUAGAAACUGGGAUCUCUUGCAUGGCUAACCUUUGCUUUAAGAGCUGCAUUAAUUAAUUAAAAGUGAUGCAGCUGUCGGGUUCAUAGAGUCCAGGCUGACUUACCGACCAACUGGCUGCUGGUUGGAGGUGUAAGAGUACGUUUUCAUUAAGGCCAGUCCCUACGUGUUAAAGAGAGGAAGGAAAGAGGAGAAUAGAGAUAGACGCUUCUCCACAGACCAAUGUAGACGCACACAGCCAUCCGCUGUCCUCGAUACAGUAAUUCUCGCUCUUUAGCUGAAGAGUUAGGCACCAAUCUUUUUGUUCAUUUUUCUAUUUGUAAUAUCAGUGUAAGUUUUUAAAGAUUCUUUAUUUUAUUUUUUUUUGUGGAAAGUUCCCAUAUUUAAAGAAUGAGAGUUCAAUCGUUGUUGAGUCUUUUAUAAUGAGGCCAAAAAUUGACUGACUUGGUGGACGUUUAACACUUCAAAUGAUUCCACACAUGUUUAGGACCUUUUUUUUUUUUUUUUUUUUUUGUUUGUGUGUGUGUUUUCUGUAAUGCUGUGUUGACAUCACUUCAUGUCUGGAGCAAACAGUCUGCAGGUUUACAAUCCAAUUAAAUGCUGCACGAGCUGGUCGACCAACCUUCAACCUGCAGACAGGGGGAACGAAUCAAAACAUCAGCGGAUGCAUCGUUAAGUUGAAAUGAAAAUCUGCAUACUGGGGAGUCAUGGCGGCUCGUGGCGCCGCAGAUGAGUGCUCAUAGUGACGACAGCGCUUUCUGUCCCAUAUUGCUGGAAGAGAUGUCGGCGGCUCUUUGAGCUUUCACGAAAGGAACAUCAAGGUCUUUUUGUUUUGUCAUUGUUUUUGUUUGUUGAUUUUUAUCCUUUUCUUUGUCCAUCUAUUUCUCAAAUUUUCAAAGACGCAUUGUCUUUUUUUUAAGUAUACAUUAUAUAAAAAUUAUAUAUUAAAAGUUUUAAAAUGG